AACUGUCCAACCCCUCAGAAGAUUUCCUGUUUCAGGAAAAGUACACACAUACUGUGAGUCAUAUAGGGCAAGUCCUGCCUGGUGUGUUUACUCUGCUCCUUCUUACUCGGAGCUGUGAGGGAGUUCAGAGGAGCAACAGGCGGGCACAAGAAGUCUGGAUGUCUACUCCUUUAAACCUAUUCGCUUAAUUCAUGAGAGAGAAAGGAGCGUACAGUCCGUUUCGAAAUGGAGCUACUUCGGUUUUCCGCUUUCUGGUGUGGAAUGAUACUCUUUGCUAGUCUUCUGCUGGAGGAAACGGAAUCCAGUAUCAUGAAGGUGAAAAGGCUGUGCAAGUUCUGUGACGUGCGGGAAACCGACUGCACGGGCAAAGGGAGAUGCGAGGUGGGCUGUGGCAUCACGUCCAUUUGCCCUAAUGAUGAAGAUGUGUGUGUCAGUAUCUGGAGGAAGAAGGAUGACAACGUCACCUUUGAUACGGUCUGCCACAGCCCGUCACAGAAGCUGUACGGCCUGGUCCUGGAGGAUUACAACAACAGCAAGUGUGAGAUGAAAGAAAGAAAGGGCAUGGGCUCACAGUUCUUUAUCUGCUCCUGCUCCGAGGACGAGUGCAAUGAACACAUCUUCUUUUACUCCCUUCCUUCAGAUAAGGAGUCUCAGGUGGUGGCGGUCAUCUUGGUGAGCCUGGUGCCUCUGCUGGUCAUGGCUGUCUUUGUCAUCACCUCCUUCUACUGCUACCGGGUCUACCGCCAGAGGCAGGCCAGCUCCAGACGCAAGAAGGGUCUGGACUUCAGCGACGCUCACGCCAUCAUGAUAGACGACGAAGGCUCUGACAGCAGCUCCACGCACGCCAACAACCUCAACCACAACACCGAGCUGCUGCCCAUCGAACUGGACGUCCAGGUCGGGAAAGGACGCUUUGCAGAGGUUUACAAAGCCAAGCUGAAGCAGGGCUCCUCUGUGAGCGAGGAGCAGCGUUUCGAGACGGUGGCUGUUAAGAUCUUCCAGUACGAGGAGUACGCGUCCUGGAAGAACGAGAAGGACAUUUUCUCCGACGCCGAUUUGAGGCACGAGAAUGUGCUUCACUUCCUGACGGCAGAGGAGAGGAAGGUGCAGAGACAGUACUGGUUGAUCACAGCAUACCAGCCGAGAGGGAACCUUCAGGAAUACUUGAUCCACCAUAUUGUCAGCUGGCACGACCUGUGGCAGCUGGGGGCGUCGCUAGCACAAGGUGUGGCGCACAUCCACAGCGACCUAACGCCCUGCGGUCGCUACAAGGUGCCGAUCGCUCACAGGGACAUCAAGAGCUCCAACAUACUGGUGAAGAGCGACCUGACCUGCUGCCUGUGUGACUUUGGCCUCGCCCUCCGCCUGGACAACACUCUGUCUGUGGAUGAGUUAGCCGACAGUGGACAGGUGGGAACAGCCAGAUACAUGGCUCCAGAGGUGUUGGAGUCCAGAAUCAACCUUGAAAACAUCGAGUGUUUCAAACAGGCGGACGUUUACUCGAUGGCUCUUGUGCUGUGGGAGAUCAUCUCCAGGUGUAGCGCAAUAGGAGAGGUGAAAGAGUAUGUGCCACCCUUUGGGAACCUCAGGGAACACCCGUGUGUGGAGAGCAUGAAGGACAGCGUUCUGCGAGACAGAGGACGACCUGAGAUCCCCGACAGCUGGAUCAACCACACAGGCAUCCAGAUAGUGUGCGCCUCCAUAGACGAGUGCUGGGACCACGACCCAGAGGCCCGUCUCACAGCCCAGUGUGUCUCCGAGCGCUUCAACGACAUGGAGUAUCUGGACAAGCUGUCGGAUCGCUCCGACUCAGAGGAGAAGAUCCCUGAAGAAAUCAUUGUGGUGGAUGAGAAGUAGAGCUUUACAGAGACAUUACAACCAAGUAGCUGGGAAAGGACGCACGUCCAGUGGUCGCAUUGCUUUUGCAUCUGGUUCGUCUGAGAUGUUUUUAAAAGAAGAUGAAACUGGAAAAUCUGUGAGAUGAAACAGGACUGAGGGCAGAUAUGGACUAACCAGGAUCAACCUGGAUAUGAACUGACUUCGACUGGAUCCUACCAUAACCAAACUUCUAUUGCACUUUACCAACAGCUAUGCACAACAAAUUAUAUAUAUGAAUAAUAAGAACCUUUUUUUAAAUCUUUAAUCUAAGUACUUUUCAGGUAAAGGAAAUAAAGGGAGUCUGUAAAGGGAGACAUGCACAUUGUAAAGACGCUAAAGAACACUAAUAACCCUUUGACAGAUUUUAGGACUGGAUACUUUUAUGUCUAUGUGUAUUUCCUUGGUGGCAUUAUAAGUUCUUGUGGCAUGAAAUGGAAAGAAUCCACAACAAAGAAAUAGAAAACCCAUCCAUGACAGGAACCUGCAGGGAAAGCUGAUAUCAAAUCUCAAGGGCUAUGAAUUGUGAAAUAAAGACAGAAAAACCAGCCUGAAAGGAAAAGUGAACAGAGAUAUAUUCCUUUGUGUGUGUGUGUGUGUGUGUGUGUGUGUGUGUGUGUGUGUGUGUGUGUGUGUGUGUUUUUUAAAGAAAGCUGAUCCAAAUCUUUUUGUCUGUUAAAUCAGACAAUAAGAGGAAUACAUUUGUGUAUAUUUGAAUUUAAACUGGAAGCUGCAGCCCGCUGCCUACAGUGUAUAAUGCUACAAGCUAAAUUUCUUUGUUACAGAAAAAGGAAAAUCUGAUCCAGUGAUCAGAAAAAAAGAUUCAUAUCAUUUUUGUACAAAAGUGUAAAGCCAUAAUUAAAGUAUUACAGUGCUUACUGUUUGAAUUUGUGGAGUUUUUCAUUUUAUUCUACUGCUUUAAACUGUUUGUUCUCUGCAGAGUGUAUGUGGCAUGAACAGUAGUGACUGUUGACUUUACAUUGUGACCUACUUUCCCAUAACAAUCUGAACUACUUCACAGCUCUGAACUAUAUCGUUUCAUCUACUCCAGCUGUGACAGCUCAAAUAUCCACAUUACUCUGUUAUCCCACAAAAAUACUGAACAUAAAGCUUAGUCAUCAUUUUGAUAUUUUUUAAUAUGGAGUCUAAUGAACUGCCUGCAUGGGACGUCAGUUAGCCUAGCUGUUAGGUCUGUCGCCAUGUGUGGAGACUAUUGUCCUCAAAGUGGGCAGCCUGGGUUCAAGUCUGACCCGCAGCUCAUUUACCACCAAGUGGCAACCUCGUGUAUUGAAAAAUGAAGCCAAUGCGGAAGUGCAAACAAACUGCAGUUCUUCAAAUGUCCACUUGAGGCUGGCUGCAAAAGCUGUUCACGCCCAAUCAGGAAAGCUCAUUUCUACAUCAGAGAUAAACAUGUUCACAGCCUCCAUGUGUUAAAUCUGAAGUACAAUAUCAAAGCACAAGCAUCUCUGUAAAACAGUGACCCCUGUGAGUGACAUGUACAGAUUAAAAUAUCAGGUUUGUUCAUAUUGAUCCAACAGUGUGUAGUCUGAAAGAUUCUGUAAUACUGUUUACAUAUGAAGUGAAUUAAAACAGGAUUUUAGACAUCAA